UAUGCAGUAAAGGUGCGUGCAGAAGCUAUGCAGAAAGCCUCUGAGCUGACUCCGAGUGGGAUGCUGUCGGUUGUUGGCAGACCUCAGGCUCAGUAUAAAUACGCCUGUCUUCAAGCUAAAGAGCACUGCAAGAGUCUAGGGAUCGAGCAGCCGAUUUGCUCUGUGGCCAACUAUUUAUUCCCUGAUGGCAGGGUUAUUGCUGGCCACCAGCAGGCAUUGGAUUUUCUCCAGCAGAACUCACGGACUCUACAGUUUAUGAGAACCAAACCUCUACCAGUUAGUGGUGCUUUCCACACUGAGCUGAUGGCAUCUGCUACUGAACCUCUCAGAGAGGUGCUGCGACAGGUGGAGCUGCGGCGACCCGAGAUCAGCGUCUACUCCAACGUGGAUGGCAAACGGUACAUGAACGAAAGCCACAUCCGCAGGCAGCUGGUCAGGCAGCUGGUGUCGCCUGUAAAAUGGGAACAGACUCUCCAUGAGAUCUACGAGAGGACGCAGGGGGAGCGCUUCCCUCAAACAUACGAGGUCGGCCCUGGGAAGCAGCUGGGCGCCACGCUCCAGAAGUGCAACAGGAAAGCGUCUCAGUCGUACUCUCACGUGGACGUCACUGCGAACGAGGAGUGA